CAUGGCUUUGUGGACGUCAUUAUAUACUCCUUGCUUAAUAAUAAUUUGAAUGGACAUCAGCUUAGCUACAGUGUUGCAAAGUUUGAAAGACAAAGUUCUGAUGUGCAAGCAAGAACAGUAUAUCCAUAACAUGCUGUAAUAUGAACUCGUCUCUUUGGAUAAACAUAUGUAUCAUAUUGGGCGUCAAAGUAGUUUUACUCGUUGCUGAAAUACCUCAAGACAAACUCAGAAAACUGGAGGAGGCUCGAAUUAUUCCAGAUUACGCCGAAUAUUUCCAGCACUGCGUGGAAGCUGAGAUAAAGUUUGAGGAAAAAGGCAAAGACCAAUCGACUUUUCGAAUAUUAGCAGAUUUUGGAAAUGCAAUCGAUUUACGAACCGUGUCCGACAACAAGCCAGAAAUUCGAUGGCAAGCCAAUGUUGGCGAGUACUAUACAGUUGCAUUAAUAGAUCCAGACGUGGUGCGUCAUCCACCACAACCAGUGGAAAGAAUGCAUUGGCUGAUUGUCAAUGUCCCGGGUUGUUGGUUACCUGGCGGUCAGGAAAUCAUACCGUAUCAAAAACCAGCGAAUCCGACAAAAGAAGGUGAAGUCCACAAAAUUGUUGCCCUCAUUUAUCAACAACCCGAUGGGAUAAUGAAUGUCACAGAAUCUUCCUUGACAAGUGAUGAAUUGGUUGCAGGGAUGAGGCACGCAUUUAGAAUUCGAAAGUUUGCACAACACUACAACCUCAUGUUUCCGUUUGCGAUGAAUUUUUUCUUGGCAGAAUAUAAAGAUCCUAAAAUACCUCUACCAGGUCAGAAGAGGCCUCAACAACAAAAUCAACAGAAGAAGAAGAAAAAUCAGCAGCAGCAGCAAAAACGACAACAAAAUCCAAAUCAGCAAAUAAAACAUAACCAACAAAAAAACCAAAAUCAGGCUCAGCAAAAACAUCAGCAGAAUAGAGACCAGCAACAGCUCCAAAACAAACAGCAGCAACGGAACAAACCCACUACAGUGCAAGUCCAGACGGAAGAUGAUCAAAAGCAGAUACAGCGACAGCAAAAUAAACAACAACCGCAACAACCAUCACAAAAAAGACGACAAGAACAAGAACAUCAACAACAGCAGCAGCAGCAGAAGGAACAAAAACAACAGCGACAUCAACAGCAAAAACAGACCCCAUCAGACAAUCUGAUGGAUACGUUCAUAGCCGCUCAAAAACAGGAUUUUCUUAAUCAACAGCGACAACGGAAUAUGGAGUAUCAAAAACAGCAGCAGCGACAGCAGCAAAAACAAAAACAACAACAACAACAACAGCAGCAGCAGCAGCAGCAGCUGAACCAACAACAACAGCAUAGCCAUCACCCAUCGACAUCAACACAUUUUCCUCACGAAGAAGAAGAAGAGGAGGUAACAUUGGAUUCAGCAGAGCUUCUGAGAAGACAAGAAGUCCUCGAUUACUAUGCAAACAAAGAUAAUGGUAUUACUGAAAGAGUGUGGAUCAUAGCGUAUACAACAGAUAAUCCAAUCAGAGCGAUCUACAUGAGGGACUAUCAAGAAAAGCAACGACGGAAAUAUGAAGAUAAAUACAAAUGGCCGGACCCACCGAGUCCAACAACGAAAACCACAACGGCAACGAAAACCACAACGACAACAAAAACCACAACGGCAACGAAAACGACAACGACAACGACUACGGUACGGACAACACGACAUAAAUCGACAGUAGCCUCAUCGACAGAGAGAGACGAAUGGGCAGGCAUCAUGACGAUGCAGAUGCCUAUCGUGCCUGAUAUAGAUGAAUUCGAGGAUUAUGAGGGGCCAAGAACUAGGCCUGGUCCUUCAACGACAAUGCACCCUAUUCGAGCGAGGUAUCUGGAGGACUACGAGAAGAAAAAGCACCGAAAAAAACACGAAAAACCACCCAAUGGUACGACGGAGAGAGAUGAAUGGGCGGGCAUCAUGACCAUGCAGAUGCCUAUCGUGCCUGAUAUGGAUGAAUUCGAGGAUUAUGAGGGGCCACGAACUAAGCCUGGUCCUUCCACGACAAUGCACCCUAUACGAGCGAGGUACAUGCAGGACUACGAGGAAAAGCAACGGAGGAAAAAACUCGAAAAAGACGGUGAAAAUGGACAAAAAACCGAUAAAAAGCAAUCUGAGUAACUCUAAUUAUGUAUUUACACGCGUUUGAAAGAGCACAAGGAGUUAAUUUUACACUAUGCCCCCAACACUUCAUGAGGUAAAGAGCAAACUUUAAAACAGGAAAGGAGGAGUACCGUUAAGGAAGGGCCUUUUCCAGAAUUGAAGAAAUUUAUGACCUCUUACUAUGGGCAAACAAUUACAAAACCAAAAAGAGAAUAAUUUACUCUGAAAACAGAGCAAGAGAGACUUAAUCUAAUCUGUGACAUUGACUCCACAGCCACGCACAAGUGCGGGGGGGGGGGGGGCGGUCUCCAACACAUUCAUCAUACGAUUGAUUUUUUCGGAUUGCUUCUUUACAAGGUCUUCUAGGGCCUUAAUUCUUCUAUCAUAACUAUUUUGAUUAAUAGGAAUGAUAGGAAUUGGUGCUACAUUUGACGAGGAAUUGACCGAGUUCUUGGUUUUACUGCCAGAAGUUAAAACUUGAGAAUAAAGUCUAUUCAGAGGCGCCAGAUUUUGUGGGGCAACAAAUUGAUGAUUAACGAAUUGAGUUCUGGGAACAGGCUUACCCAUUCGUUUUUUUCUUAUCUGACGAUAAGUUUUACAGCGCUUGUAGUUUCCAAAAUGCAUCUCUCCGCAUGCAGAGAGCGCAAGUUGGAUAUACAGGGGUGCUUUCUGCUUGGCAUUCGAAGGGGCGCGGACAGGCAUCCUCUGCGUGAAAGUCACCGCACAAGAUACAUCGAGGAUCACGAUAACAUCGUGUUCUCGUAUGACCCAGAACGGACAAUUUUUGCACUGGACCACCUCUCUGCGACCCUUUGGACGCUCAAACGAAACGAUAUAAUUUCCUACAACUUUUAUAUUCCACAUUUCAUGGACUUUACUAGCAGACAAAAAAUGAACAAAAAAUAGCGGAAGUUGAGUGGAUUUCAAUUGCGAUUUAUCUCUGUGGCGAUUAUUAAAUUUGUGAGCACCUUCUUAUCUUCGACGGUUACAUUAUUUGUUCUAUCGUAUGAGCUGAAUCGGACAACAUCAACCGAAGAGAGCUCUCGCGAUGCCAUCCAUUUAGAACUGGAACCGGGGCGUGGGUGGGUUCUUCCUCCGGCUCCGGCACAGCAAACUCGGGCAGCCCCAAAUUGGAGUCUUCUGCGCUGCGCCAACUCCUGCUUCCUGAGGAAACAAACGGAAGGGAAAGGAAAUGAAAAGGGAAUCACACUCACAUAUCGCAUCCUAAAGAUCAUUUUGUGACUGAAAUGUUGAAGUAAAUUGCAAUAAUAUUAUAUAAAAUGUUAUUACUUUUUUGCAAUAUAAUCGGGAUUUUUUUAAACAAUAAA